CCCUCUCGACACUAGAUUCUAUAGUCGCCCGCCUGCAUCGCUACUCACUCUGGCCCGGAAAUGAUCAAAGAGGACCGCGGUGUUCCCCCUCUGUGAGAGACCCAUUCUGCAAUGAUUGCGGCGUGGGACGCAGGAGGAGUAUAGACGCCUCGUCUCACACGGGACUCGGAAGAAAGACAAUUCUUUUAAUUUUUUUUUCUUAUUAUCGGACCAGUAGCUAUGUGAGAGACAGAGAGCGAGAGAGAGAGAGAGGGAGACGCUCAAUUAACAAGUGUUGCUUCCCGACGCCAAUGCUUCAAGCCAAUCAAAUCCGUCAUCAUUCUCUCUAGUUAUCUCCACUUUGUGGCCGGAGUUAUCCCAUCCUGCUUCUUCUGAAGGCGAGAUUUAAUUACAUAACAUUUUGGGAGCAUAAUAAAGUCUUCCAGAUAGAGACCGAAAGAAAUACUCACAGACUGAAAUAAAAUGGACAUUGCUUGAUUGGCGCCUCGUUUCAUCUCAUCGAGAUCUACAUCUACCUACUUUUUAGUAGCAACUUCCGUUUUAACUGGCAAGUUAUGUGAAUUUUUGUUAAUUUUUCAACUUUUUAUUUAAGAAAAAAACAUUUCUAUACAGCUUCAUAAAUCAAGAUCUAUAAGUCUGUAACAUUGAAUCUGAACACUUGUGAUAUUAAGUACCAAUCAGUUGUAGCGGUGCUACAGGUGUGGAAGAAAUCUUGGCACGUGGACUAGAUCUAUGCCUAGUAGACUAAAUUGUUGGUGUCAAUUGGUUGGAAGAUUCCUUAACUAAACUUAAGAAGUGUGAUGCUAUCCCAAGACUGCAUCUGGCAAGAGUGAUGUCCCACUCUUCAUUGCAACACAGUAAUAACUUCGAUUUAAAGACGUCUGCUAAUUAGAACAGUUUCCAGAAGUUCACGCCAAAGAACAUUUACGACAUUGUACUGAUUAGAAAAGUUCCCUACAUUUGCUUGACUACAAACAGUUGCCAGAAACAUUACGCACGAAACAAAAAGUCCGGGAAAUUGUCUAUUGGUCUAGCUAACAACGUGUUGCUAGAUGAAAUAGAUUUGUAUUCUGUUGAACUCUAUUGAUCAGUGUCUUGUGACUAACGGAUUGUAAUUUCCCUGGACUAACUUUUAAAGGGAUCUUCUAAAAAAAAACUCGUGACCAGCGGUCGAGGAUCUUUUUAAGGUGCUGUUUCCCGUGAGAUGUCAGAUAAAGUGUCUGCUACAGCUAUGAUGAACGACAGCCCCAGUAUUGUGGAACUGAACGUAGGAGGAGUCUAUUACAGCACCAGCUUGGAGACCCUGCGCAACGAGCCAGAUAGUCACCUGGCCAAAUUGUUCUCUGACGCCAACAGACACAAAGCCAUUAGAGAUGCAAAGGGAAAGUAUUUCUUAGACAGAGAUGGGGUAUUGUUCAGGUAUAUCCUUGAUUACCUACGAAAUCUCAAACUUGUGCUCCCUGAGAACUUCCAUGAAAAAGAUCGAUUGCGCCAGGAGGCCGAAUUUUUCCAGCUUCCGAAUUUAGUCAAAAUCAUCAACGCUUACACGUCACGUCAUCUGCACCCACCGCUUCCCACUUUGGUGGCCUCGAAGGACCCGCAGACUGGAGCUUCCACACACCUGUCUCCAGUUCAGCCAGCUUCCACCUCGAAGCCCCCUGCUUCACCCCCCGCGGACUCUGUGUCGCCCACGGCAGAACCCAUGGUCAACAACAUCAAUUCCUCCCCGUCCCCCAUCAGCGAGCGAGCCAGCGGGUUCAUCACCGUGGGGUACCGGGGAACCUUCGCUUUCGGACGAGACGGUCUAGCAGACGUGAAGUUCCGGAAGCUGAGCCGCAUUAUCGUCUGCGGGAAAGUCUCGCUCUGCCGGGAAGUUUUCAAGGACACGCUGAACGAGAGCCGUGACCCUGAUCGCGGGGAGUUUGACCGCUACACUAGUAGAUUUUUUCUGAAGCAUUCAUUUCUGGAACAGGCCUUCGACAUGCUUCAGGAGGAAGGCUUUAUUAUGGUUGGCAGUUGUGGCUCUGGAACCAAUAGCGCAGGAGAAGUCAAGCCAGGACUAGACACAGAAGAGUCAAAGUGGCAACACUACAAUGAGUUUAUAUUUGAACGCCGUUGAGACGUGACAUUAAAACAGGAACUCAAUGAAGCCUUAUUUAACUUUCUUCGACACUCUGGUGCGCCUCGACACUUCUAUCUGGUGCCAACGUUUGUCAGAAGAUCUACAAAAAUUAAUAAUACUGAUUACAGACUACGCCCAUGAUCUAAAGGAUAAGUGUAUGAACAGGAUAAGAUUAUGAGCUGGAUAAGUAUAUUAGCUACGACUCGACUGCGCUGACAUCAAAGAGUUGUAACUUUUUAAACAGUAACCAAACGUUAAUUUCAUAUCUUUGUGAACACUUUGUCAGUUCAUCGUACAGUUUUAGUUUUGAAAUGCUGUUCUGUUGUACCGAAUUUGUUCUGUUACGGCAUCGUCGAGUCCAAUCAUUUAGACACCAAGUAUCAUUUGAAAUCUGGCAGACAAAUGUAUUUUGUGACAGCUGAAUGUUUUGAAAUCAGUUCACACUGCCUUUCGUAUUUUAUUGGAAACAUUUAUUGGAUGUGGUUUUGUUAGAGAAUGUUCUUCUACCAUGAUAGAUCAUCUCACUGAUUGAAAUACAUGUAUUUAGGGUAUCAAUCUUAUAACUAUGGUUCAUGUGUGUUUGAGCGGUCAACGUGCGGCACUUGCUGUGUUUACUCCAGGAUGACUGAUGCUCUUUUCUCUUUCUCAUGAUCGUUCACGCCCACAGGGCCCUGACAGCGAUACAGAACAAAACACGUCAAACUAUUUCUUGAAAUUCACUUUUGAAUAGAAUGUUGACCCACACCAAGCAAACUUGCUUAAAGCUUUAUUUAUAAUUUGUAUAGAAAGUAUAUAAGUUUGAAGUUGUAUGUUUUAUGCAGAGUUGAGUUUACUAUAGCUACUUUUUAAAAAAACUUUUGAUCUUAAGUCUUUGUAACUAUUUGUGUUGUACUUUGAUUUAGUUUAAAACCUAUUCGAACCCAACAGUACUUUUGAACAUGGAUUGUGCUCUAAUAUUAGGCCCAUCGCCUGUGAUAUAUUGUUUUCUUGCUUUCCUUUGAAUGUCUAACUCAUGAGAAUAAUUUUGUCGUCUUUUUGUAAAUCGUUCACCAUUUACCUUUCUGAACCGUUACUCUUGUAUCAAAUAAUUACACAACUUAUAAACUAGAGACACACAUGAUAAUUACAUAAAUGUUUCUUCACUGUCCAGCACUGACGGUAUUGCAAUUUGAAGUCCCUACGAAUGUCUGCUUAUAAACCAGCCAAUCAGACACCAUUGCAAUUAUUCUUAAUUUAGGUAGCUGGUGGCGGUUUUCUUUUUCUUGGAUUAUUUUUGUUUAUUGUACUGAAAAAAAAAUUGAUUACUCCUCAUUAGCUUUAGGGAAUGAACAAUUAAAUAUCCGUCCGAAGUCUCGGGAAGAGUUUAUUAUUUUAUGAUGCUAGGGAUAAAAUAACGCGACUGUUAAAUCAAAGACUAGUCAUAAGUCAGAGACUAAUGAUGUACAAUCCAUCUGUUCGGCUUUACUAAAAUAGGUUUAGAUAGUGUCCGGAAGGCACAAGAUUAUGAGAGACAGUUAUGUCCUUCUUCUAGGCGUAACGUCUGUGUCUGAUGUUUGCUAUUUAGUUUCCACAUCCAUUGAAUGUUAGAUCUUCCUUUUAUCCGUACAGCUAUACCAUUUGGCGGAGCUGAAAUACAGAAGUCCUGAUAGUUUAUCACUAUUUCAAUUGUCUGACUAAAGUGUACAAAUUGCAAUUAAUUUGUUCGUUGUAUCAUAUACGAUUUCCAUUACUGUCAUGUAGUAUACCUACUUUCAUUCAUUUUUGUUUUUCUUAUCUUAUUGAGGAAACUAUACAUUGACAGUUGACAUUACUUGCAAUGUAAGUGUACCACUAGCUGGGGUGUUUGUUUUUGAGCAGUCCAUAUAAUGUCAACAUGACACUUACAAAGAAACGAUUUCAUGUCUGAUUUUGUCCUAGCGUGCAGAUGUGCAGCCCUUGUAUGAUAGAUAUGUAUUUUGUCCUAGCGUGCAGAUGUGCAGCCCUUGUAUGAUAGAUAUGUAUUUUGUCCUAGCGUGCAGAUGUGCAGCCCUUGAAUGAUAGAUAUGUAUUUUGUCCUAGCGUGCAGAUGUGCAGCCCUUGUAUGAUAGAUAUGUAUUUUGUCCUAGCGUGCAGAUGUGCAGCCCUUGUAUGAUAGAUAUGUAUUUUGUCCUAGCGUGCAGAUGUGCAGCCCUUGAAUGAUAGAUAUGUAUUUUGUCCUAGCGUGCAGAUGUGCAGCCCUUGAAUGAUAGAUAUGUAUUUUGUCCUAGCGUGCAGAUGUGCAGCCCUUGUAUGAUAGAUAUGUAUUUUGUCCUAGCGUGCAGAUGUGCAGCCCUUGUAUGAUAGAUAUGUAUUUUGUCCUAGCGUGCAGAUGUGCAGCCCUUGAAUGAUAGAUAUGUAUUUUGUCCUAGCGUGCAGAUGUGCAGCCCUUGUAUGAUAGAGAUGUAUUUUGUCCUAGCGUGCAGAUGUGCAGCCCUUGUAUGAUAGAUAUGUAUUUUGUCCUAGCGUGCAGAUGUGCAGCCCUUGUAUGAUAGAUAUGUAUUUUGUCCUAGCGUGCAGAUGUGCAGCCCUUGAAUGAUAUAUAUGUAUUUUGUCCUAGCGUGCAGUUGUGCAGCCCUUGAAUGAUAGAUAUGUAUUUUGUCCUAGCGUGCAGAUGUGCAGCCCUUGAAUGAUAGAUGUGUAUUUGUUUUUAUAGAGAGUGAUUACGUGUAAGCUAUUUCUUUUAUUUGGCAUGCGUGGUCGAGAGGCUAAGAACGUUUGUACUUGGCUUGGUUUGGCGACCUAUGAAGGGGGCUCGAGGUUCGACACCCGACUCGAGCAGAGAUGUUUACUGAGCGCCUAAAGGCAGCACGGAAUAACCUUCUCCCAGAUACCCCCUCCCCCGACUGGUCCACAAAUGAGAUUGGACCAUAGCGCUCUGAGCAUGCUAUAAGCAUGAAAGUAGCGCUAUAUAAAAGCUUUAAUUUAAUCUAUAUUUAAAUGUCCAAUGUAAAAAUGUCCAUUCAAUUAAUACAAAAUGUUCCUGAAUGUAUGCACUACAAUACUCUAAACACAUUAGGUCUAGACUAUUUUAGACCCUCUUUAGGACACGCGAGCAAGCCAACGAGAUGCUUGUGAAAAACUGGGGACAAAAAAUGAAAUCACUUAAGAAGCGAAGGCAACUUUAGAAGGAUAGAUAGUUAGGGCCAGAUCAGCUAACAAAUCGUAGUCCCAAAUAAGAACAAAUUCAUUUAGCAACCUUUUAUGAAUUCGUAUCAAUCAGAUAGCCCUGAAGCAUACAUUAAUAAAAUAAAUGGGGAAAAAAUCAGUAAAAAUUGGAUAUAAGCAAUAGAAAAAAAUUGAAAAGAAGGUCUGAUAACUCAGCUGACACUUUACUUAAGACAGUCUACUUAAUCUCCAGGAGUGUGAGUGGUGGAUAAAGCUGUGCUGAACUACCAAGAUGUCAAAUGUAACUAAACAUAUAAACUUGCUUUAAUACCAAUAACUAGCGUACAUCGUCUGAAGUAAAAUCAUACAAUCUUAUAUUUAAGAUUUAGAGAUUUAUUUAGGUCAAGAUGAUCGGCAAAAUGAGGCAAUGAUCUCCCCUCGCCACCCACACACACACACACAUCGUUCUAUUUUUCUUUUAAUAGAUUAAAUUCCUGAGAAGGCUCUAACAUAGAGUGGAGUCUAUCAUGUCUCCAGAUUAUUGGACCAGCGGAUUAUUCGGGCUGAAUUUUAAAAUGCUGAAAUAGUCUUGUAGCACAUGUUCUUGAGCGAUGGAUCAGAGUGUAGUUCCAUCAACCGAUUUGAGGUUCAAAAAAAACAAUUAUCUUCCAAUUUUAUUUCCUAAGGAUUUUUUAUUAUUUUGUCGUUUGAAAAUCCCUUUCAUGUCCAUAGCGAUUUGACACAACUUGUAGUACAUCAUCAGCCCUAUAGAUCGCAAGGUUUUACUAACUACAAAGCUAGGUAGUCGAAGAUGCACGAAUGUCUUGAGUUCGAAUCCCCAGUGAAGUUUCCGCGAGUCAUUUAAUGACGUUAGUCCAUGGGUCAUUGUGUUGCGUAACACCCUAGGUAACUUUUAGUCAGAGAUUGCUCUAAGAUUAUAUAAAAGUAAAGUUCCUCGUUCAUCCCUUGUGAUCUAUAGGGCAGAUGAUGCAAUGGUUAUCUGUUUCUGUGGCCUAUAGUUAACGAUGGUGUCAUGUGGCCAGCACAACGACCAACCGCCUUUACUUUUCACCAACUAACGUCAGGUACCCAUUAGAGCUUGGUGGACUCAGAGGCGCCCAAAGAUCCAGAAAUUAAAAAAUCCAAGUCUUCACCAAGAUUUGAACCCAGGACCACCGGUUAUGAAGCCAAGCGCUUUACCACUCAGCCACCACUCCACCCAGAAAAAUGACAUAAUGAUAAAAAUGUAUACCCUCACAAAUGUAUGCCCUCACAAAUGUAUGCCCUCACAAAUGUAUGCCCUCACAAAUACCGUAGAUAGAUUUUAUGAAUACGAUUGGACACAUUUGAUAAUACCUUACAAUAUGUCAACUUAUAUUAUUGAAUGUCAAGAAUUUUGGCACAUUUAGAACCAUUUUUUGUUUGCUGGCAUGCUAUCCAUCGUAUGAGAGAACUCUCGCUGAUUUAUUUGGGGAAGUUUUCAUGACUUCAUUUCUAUUCUCUCUAGACUUAAAGUGUUCACUAUUACCUUGCUGCUAAUGAUAUAAAUGUUAGAAGGCAUAAUUUUCAACCAAUUUGAAUGUGUGUGUGUGUGUUUCAAUUUUGCAACAUCACUUUAUAACUUGUAACCAAUACAACUUCAAGCAUAACAACAAUGCAAUAGUAAUGUUUAAAAUAAAUCUGAGAAAAUAACAUGUCCAUCCGCCAUCCACAAAUCUGAGUGUUAACAUUUCUGUAGCUUGAAAACUAAAAUAAAACUAAUUCGUAAAAGUCAUGCAUGCUAAACUAAUUAGAUUUCCAGUAAAAACAAGUUCUUUUCAACCGCCUUUCAGGUCUUCAAACUAUGGAAUAUUGUAAACUGUUACUUUUUUAAUAGAAUUUUAAUGAUUUUAGAUAAUUAAAAAAAAAGAGACCUAGCUUCGUGUAUGUGAAGUUCAUUUUGUUAUUGAAUCGAAUCUAUUUCUCUUUUUCAAAUUGAAUCAUAAAUAUUUAGUAUCAUUAAAUGGUUAAUAACAUGUCUACGAAACGUGCCAAGCUUACUUGAAUGUCAAUUGAACUGUAUAAUAAUAACAUGUAGGAUUUGUGGUUUCAAAGUUCACUGUGACACCAGAGCGUGUUGUGUUUUUAUUUUAUUUGCUUUCAUAAUGAAAUGUUUGCACAAGUUUGUCUGAUUCUAUUUACUUAAAUCAAUGUCUAGCGUACACUGGUCGUGUAGUGUAUGGACAAGAUAUCUGCUGCAUUAUUGUUUUUAUAUUAACACGAGAUCAAAGAUGUUCCGCAAAAGAUGCUGUUUUUACAUUUGUAUAUUUUGUGUUUUUUUACAGUUAGUUUUACCUUUUCCUUUAUCCUUAUUAAAAAAAAAAUAAAUGUUUAGAAUUUUUCUUUUUCAGUUUAAAUAAGUCUCAGAAAAAUAUUGGCAUUGUCUUAAUUUUUUCAAUGGCAUUUUACAAAAUGUAAAUUUUUUAUUCUUCUUUUGUUCGAUUGGAAAGGUAGCCGUAACGACAAUAAAUCUUGCAUCAUUUAUGAAAACAUUUACCGGAUCAACAUGUAACACUUUGAGAAAUACCACAGAAUACUCGGAUACAUGUACACUAAAGUUUGUGUAACAUUAAAAUCUGAAACCCCUAACUUUAUGAGAAUCUUUGAAAAGCUUUGUCAAUCAAAUUUACUUCAUAGUAGAGUCAAGACAUAUCAUAGCUGACCCAACGCUAAUUUGUAGAGGUAAAUACAUAAGGCUUCUUCUUCUCGGAAGACAAUGGAUGCGCUCAGAUGAGUCACUGGCUUUGGUUUCGUCUUGAGACGGGGCAGAAUCUGGAGAAAGUGAUCAAGCCAAUUCUGGAGCGGCAGAGUUUGCCACAGUUCGUGCAUGUAUAUUCAUCUGUCCUAGGGUAGCUGACAGUACAGGUACAUGCUACCAUUGUAAACUAGUCAACUAAAUUUGGUUUGUUAAACGUCUUAUGUGGCAGCCAAAGUUUCAAGUGACUGAGAGUUUACAAAGAUCUCAAACAUAAGAGUGGAGACAGUCACGUUUUGUUCUAGGACAAUCUUAAAGUCUUUUACUUGUACAGUGAGCAGAAAGGUAUCAGACAGACAAUCUUAAGUCUUACUUAUGCAGUGAGCAGAAAGGUAUCAGACAUUAAAAUCUGUAUGUGUGGUUAUGUAGUCACCUCUAGACUUCAACAGUCUUGUUGUAAUUGAGAAAACAAAAUAUAGAGCUAAAACUGAGACUGAAAAGUAACAAGGAAUGGACCUCAUUCACCAAUCGUAAACAAACAACAUUUUGCCACUUGGUUCUCUAUAUCUUCUAUACAAAUUACGCAAUCCGUAAAGGCUGACACGUGAUACGUAAUUUUCAUUGUUUUAUCAAUAUUACCACGUGGCUAAAUGUUGUUUGUUUACCAAAGGUGAAUGAGGUCCAUAUUUCAUUCCGUAGGGUGUCUAGAAAAAGUUAAUUGCAUUGAAUGAGAAAACAAAUGUUGAUACAAACUCGGGGUUUUAGUUUUUUAUUAUUUGUAAAUGGACUCUCUACACCAAACUCUUGUUAACUAGCAUGGCGGAGAUAAGUAGCAAGCUUAUUGGUGUAUCCGGUGAAGGGAAGUGUUAACAAGUUUUGUGUUUUUAUAAGGUAUAGAAAAAAAAAAGUUGAUCAAAAUGUUCUGAACUCUUCCGUUUUUAUCACAAAAUAAUUUCAAUAUGAGGGAAAUAGUAGACUUUUAUUCUGUGGGAUUAAACUUAAAUUAAAACUAACAAUUUUCAGUAAUAAUGAAGAUUCGAUACAUACGAUCAACUGCACAGCAUAGUAAAUACUCAAAUAUUAUUUAAAUUCUUUUUAUAAAUUUGAUUGUUCUGGGGUAGAGGAUCCUUAUAUCAUUUUUCUGUCACUGGUGGUUUCAAUAGUUAGGUAGUAUGUCUUUGAUAUUAAAUAGUAUUUCUAUUACUGUUAUUAUAUUUUUAGGUUAAUCACUUUUCAAUUGUUUAUGAUUUAAUACUUGUGAAUUAUGAGAACUUACUAAUAAAAAAACUAUAUUAAAAAAAAGCCCACAAAAGAGGCAAAAGGGCCCAUAAAAGAGGCAUAUAAAGCCCAAAAACUUUAACUCUAGAAUAUUUUUGGCUCUGCUUUGGUUUCUGCUAAUAUUUAAUAAUGAAAGUGUUAAGGGACUAAACAUUGGGGGAGGGGAGGGCUGUGGUUGUUUUACUGUAAUAGCUUCAUUAGUUUUGUGUUCACGUUAUUUGUCUGUCCCAAUUCGUUUAUAAAAGUUUGAACAAUUUCAUUUUUUUUUUGUUCAAUACUUUAAUAAAGGCGUCUGACUUAUGGAGGAUUGUGACAUUGGAAUCAAUUAUUUUGCAAUAAACCCAUGUGUAAAUAACACAAAUAAA